GGCUUCCAAUCGCAGGAUGCUGUCACGAACCUGUUAAUUAACGCCAAAAAAAAAAAGUCACGCGGAAACUUCAGCCCGAGCUCAUUCGCAUGUAGCGGUCCUGAUUGUCGGCUUCUGAUUGGUCGUUCCAGACAUCAACUCUCCACCCCUGAGCACUGAUUGGUCGCCGGAGUCGCCUGUAACCGGGACUUGGAGAAGAGGCACGAGAUUGCGCUGAAGUGGAGUCAGUUUUUGCCGAGUUGUGGAGCCAAGCAGCUGCUGAGCCGAGGCUAAUGUGCAGCUGAGAUGAAGCCGCACUCCGAUUGGCUCUGACUUUUUCUUUCCUCUUUUUUUUUUUUUUAAAGCCAUUUUCAUUCAAGCGGGUUGUCAACAUGGCAGAGCCGUCGGUGGCUGCAAAAAUGGCGUCACUUGUCCCGGUCCGAGCCGCGACACUGAUUCUCUUAACCGUCUACUUAAUUGCGCCGACGCGCGCCAAAGAAGGCGGGGGAGAGGAGACCGUCAUCAUCGGCUUGCGCCUGGAGGACACAGACGACAUUUCGUUCAUGGACAGGGGCUAUCUGCGGGUGAGCGAGCGCUCCCGGGUCAAGUUGCGCGUGUACGGGCACAACAUCAACAACGAGACGUGGUCCAAGAUCGCGUUCACAGAGCACGAGCGGAGUCGCGCCGUUGCCAGCCUUGACAACUUCAACGGCGACAACAAGAGCCACGAGGAAACGUCUGGCUUGCACCCGUGCGGCAUCAGGACAUCGGACAUCUUAAUCUUGCCCAACAUCGUGUUGAGCCGCAAGACGUCCGGGGUGGUGGAGAUCGAGGUCAAGCCGUUGAGGAAGACCGAGAGAAGCAAAGCGUAUUACCUGUGCAUCGCCACAUCUACGCCGGCUGGCACGCACGACCCGUGGACAGAAAGCACGUGGAUAUACCAUGAAGGUGAGGACACCAAAGUGAUCGUGGUGGAGGAGAGGAAGUUUCUGCUCCCCUUUUGGCUCCAGGUGAUUUUCAUCUCCAUGCUGCUCUGCCUCUCCGGUAUGUUCAGCGGCUUAAACCUGGGGCUUAUGGCGCUCGACCCGAUGGAGCUGCAGAUCGUGCAGAACUGCGGCACCGAGCGCGAGAAGAACUACGCGCGCAAAAUCGAACCGGUGCGCAGCCAGGGGAACUACCUGCUGUGCUCGCUGCUGUUAGGGAACGUGCUCGUGAACACCACUCUCACCAUCCUUCUGGAUGACAUCGCCGGAAACGGCCUGAUCGCCGUGGUCAUGUCCACGAUCGGUAUCGUGAUCUUCGGCGAGAUCGUGCCGCAGGCGAUAUGCUCGCGCCACGGGCUCGCCGUGGGCGCCAACACAAUCUUUCUCACCAAGUUCUUCAUGCUGCUCACGUUUCCCGCCUCGUACCCAGUCAGCAAGCUGCUCGACUACCUCCUCGGGCAGGAGAUCGGCACCGUGUACAACCGCGAGAAGCUGCUCGAGAUGCUGCGCGUCACCGACCCGUACAACGACCUGGUCAAGGAGGAGCUGAACAUCAUCCAGGGCGCGCUCGAGCUGCGCACCAAGACCGUGGAGGACGUGAUGACGCCGCUGCGUGACUGCUUCAUGCUGGCGGCUGAUGCCGCGCUCGACUUCGCCACGGUCAGCGAGAUCAUGGAGAGCGGUUACACGCGCAUUCCCGUGUUCGAGGAGGAGCGCUCCAACAUCAUUGACAUGCUCUUGGUCAAGGACCUGGCUUUCGUGGACCCGGACGAUUGCACGCCGCUCAAGACUGUCACAAAGUUCUACAGCCACCCGCUGCACUUUGUCUUCAACGACACUAAACUGGACGCCAUGCUCGAGGAGUUCAAAAAAGGGAAGUCGCACCUGGCGAUAGUACAAAGGGUCAACAAUGAGGGGGAAGGGGAUCCCUUUUAUGAGGUGCUUGGGAUCGUCACCCUGGAGGAUGUCAUCGAAGAAAUAAUCAAGUCUGAAAUCCUGGAUGAGACAGAUUUAUACACCGACAACAAAACAAAAAAGAAAAUCACCCAUCGGGAGAGGAAGCAGGAUUUCUCGGCCUUCAAGCCCAUGGACAAUGAAAUGAAGGUUAAAAUAUCACCUCAGCUUCUACUGGCUACUCUGCGUUUCCUAGCAACAGAGGUGGAAAUAUUUGGCCUGAAUCAGAUGUCUGAAAAGAUCUUGCUGAGGUUGCUGAAGCACCCUAAUGUAAUCCAGGAACUUAAGUUCAAUGAAAAGAACAAGAAAGCACCAGAACAUUACCUCUAUGUCCGCAACAGACCUGCGGACUACUUCAUCCUUAUCCUGCAGGGGAAAGUUGAAGUGGAGGCAGGGAAGGAUGGGAUGAAGUUUGAAGCUGGAGGGUUUUCAUCAUAUGGGACGAUGGCCCUUACUGCUUCUCCAGUUUCUCUUUCCCUUUCUCGCAUUUGUGUGGUCAAGAGGUCAGAAUCAGUUGGAGUACCUCCAGAGAACAAGUCUCCUCCUCGGCCAUAUGGACUGAACCACUCUGACUCACUGAACCGGAGUGACCGCAAUGAAGCUAUUAAUCCCCCACUGGGCAACAGCAACAACCAGCUCAACUCCUUUCUGCAGAUCUACGCACCAGAUUACACAGUUCGAGCCAUCACAGACCUUCUUUAUGUCAAGGUCACCCGUCAGCAGUACCAGAAUGCCGUGAUGGCGUCACACAUGGAAAAGACACCACAUCCAUCAGACAGCGAGUACACCAAAAUUGAACUGACUCUCAGUGAGCUGCAUGACAGCGUGGCCGACGAGACGGGCAUUCUGCUUAACCAGACACAGAACUGUGUUGCCCACAAAAAGGCGAACCACAUGGUGCACAAUGAGGGUACCGUCUAGCCCCCAGCGGGGUGGUUAGGGGUUUACAAAAGGGUGAAAAAGGAAGCUGCUUAUGUUUUUUUUUCACCUUCUGAGUUGCCUCUGCCACCCCCUGUAACAACUGGACGCAAAACCACAACGGACUGCUAAAACAGCGUCUGGGUUUUUGGACCCAAUAACAGGACUGGAACAGCCAGUUCAGUUCCAAACACCCUGCCGUGUGCCUGUCCACCAGACCAAAGAGUUUGGAGUUUGGACACCCUCCCCCAUCUGUCACAAGGCCCUGAACAUACACCUUGACUGUCCCCUUUAAGGUGCCAGGAAGGAUUCCAGGAUAGAGGAGGACCACAAGUCAAAUGGACUACUUUCUACAUCUUCAUCAGGCUGAUGUUGUAAUAUGGUGAGUCAAAGACUGUGCCAAAUACCAAUUUGAAGGAAACCAUGAACCGCUUACCAAUAACAUAUUUUCCUCCUGUAUUUAUUUAUUUUAUAUGUCUACUGUAUAUAUGUAUGUGUGCAUGUAACUACAGGCACAUGCCAAGAACACACCUUUGUAAAAUUCAAUGUAAUGUGUGUACUGUAUAUGUUGCGAGUCCAUGUGCCUUUGAGAGUGUUAAUGUGAUGCAGUGCACAUGCUACAGUAUAUACAUACAGUAGUUACAAAUACAUUACUGUAUGUGUAUUGGUGAGGGUCUUUUACAUGUAUGUAUAUUACAGAUAUUGUUAUUUUUACUAUUCUAAAUCAGGCAUAUGGUACAGUACAUUUUACACCUUUUUAAAAAAAAAAGAAUCACAGUAUUGCCUUAAAGAAUCAUAUUAAUUUUUAACAAGUGCAAUGAACCAUAUUUCUAUUUAAAAAGAUGAUUUAUUGAUUAAAUUCAGUUUAUUGUAAACAGUAGGUAUAUUUGUAUGCAUUCACUGUGUCGCUCAAAUAUGUAUUGGUCCCCUGUAAGCACUCCUUCACUACCUGCUUGCCUGAAACAUGUCACUUUAGAGCAUCCGAUUCUCCUUAAUACGACCUACUUAUGACCAAAGUUUAGGUUUGAACAGGUGAAUAAUUGCAUGCAUCUGCCAUAUGAAUAUAUACAAAGGAAAAAAGGUUUCAUACUACUAUGCGUAUGGGCCGUAUUCGGAGUCGUGUUACGCACGUAUAAUAGGUAUUCCAACCUCAGAUGUAACUCUGGACUUAAGAGCUAUUCAGAAUUCACGUGAGAGUUGUGCACGUGCGAGUUUGUGGAAAAUAGUGGUGUGUCUUAGUUACGUGCGAUUCCGAACUCAAGGGCAUUUUUUUCUUGCUGGAUCAAGUGCUGUUUUAUAAGCUGCUGAAUAAUGAGGGUGGAGGCCAUGCUGUUAAGUUAAACCAAGUUGCGGUGUUAAAUGUGUUAAUCAUUACUAGAACUAUCCAUGCAGUUGUCUCUUGCUUUUGCACUGGCACUGGACUACAAAGAAUAAUGCCAUUUCCUUCUUCAGUCCACAUUUUCUAUCCCUGAUUUUUUUUUUUUUUGUGGGUUUAAAGGCAAGUGCUUGUGUGUAAAUGUGGUGGUAUAAAUGCUACUGAGAAACCCAUGUUUUUAUUCAACUAAAAAUCCUGCAGCCCCUGAGACUUGAAAUAAAACGCAGGUGAUUUGCAUAAUCUGAAUGGCGAGCCCAGAA